AUGCCUGAACAGAAUGAGACAGUUCUAUAUUCGCAACUCCAGCCAUGGAGUACGGUGGCAGCAACCCCAUGUAUGGAGCAAGUCGCUGGUCCCCCUAUGCCGACCAGGAUCGGUCAGUAUUAUCAAACCCCCAGACCUCAUCCAUGGAGGCCCACACUGGGAUACGAAAAUGUGGAAGUUAUGCCGCUCCCAUCACAACAUACCACCAACGCCAUGAUAGACCCUUGCUAUACUCCUUAUGGAAUGGCAACAGAGCCUCUGAAGUUCCCCAAUCUCGUUACCGGAUUCGAGAGAAACCCCGGUCAUGCUGCUAGGGCGGCACUGUAUACCAGAUACACACCGCUGGAAUGGACUCACAGCAAUUUGAAAUUCUACAAUGAGGCUGAUACGAACAGAAAUUAUUCUGAACGGUUGAGAGGAGAUUUCAUCAGAGUCAUGAGAGAAACCGAUGAAAAUACAGCUCAAGGUCAGAGAGAAUCUGGAAGAAGAUUGGGCGAGAGGAUUACGGACACAACUUUCUGGAGAAACGAAGUAAGAACAGAGUUAGAAAGGUUGUUGACAGAAGCUAGUUUACUGCAAGAUUCUAGAAGGGCUCUCAAAAAAGCUAUUGACGAUAUCGAAGGACCACUUCAUAUUGCUCAAGAAUGUUUGUACCAUAGGGAAAAAAGGCAGGGAAUAGAUUUGGUGCACGAUAUGGCGGAACAAUCUCUCCUGAAGGAAAUCGAGACCUACAGAAACUGCAAAGAGAAAUUCAAAUGCCUCUAUAGCAAAGUGCAAGAUCAGAUGCGGAAUAACAGAGCUGCUCAGCAUGAACUGGAGACGGACGUCAAAAGCAAGGAUUCUGCUCUAGGAAUCGAUAAUAUGUGCCACCAGCUCAACAAUUUCUCCAAAGGAAUUAAUUAUUAUGGCGGAAUUGAGAAGUUCGAUCCAACGGUGAGCACAACUGUGACCUGGGCGGAGAACAGCAACAGAAUCGUACAGCGUUCUCAAGCCGAACGGGGCAAAUCGGCGCAAAUGCGUUCGGAUAUAGACAACCUGAUAAACACAUGCGCCCAAGAGAUUUGGGACGCAUGGAGCAACACGAAUAACGCCUUAGCGAGAAGGUCGGCAGAGACUUUGGAGACCAAGAGCAAGUUGCAGAUGCACCUGCAUAAAGUACAGCAGGAAAUAUUCGACUUGGAAAAGAACAUUGAACUCCUCAAAAAAGCUAUCAUGGACAAGAGCAAUCCUAUGAAAGUGGCCCACACUAGACUGGAAGCAAGAACCCAUAGAAAAGAAGUAGAACUUUGUAGGGAUACUGCUCAAGAUAGGUUGGUGUAUGAAGUGAGGGAUCUCCAAGAUAACGUGGAAAUGCUGCACAGAAAGCUGCAAGAAGCUGAAGCUCAGCAUCAGCAACUACUCAAAACCAGAUCAAAUCUUGAAUCUGAUCUACAUAACAAAGUGAACUCCUUGUUCAUUGACCGUGAGAAAUGCAUGGGUAUGAGACGAUCUUUUCCCAUAACUGCCACAAUCAAAUAUUGA